CUAAGUCCACACUUUAUGAAUACUACAUUAUGGCUAAUAUAAGCUAACGUUACUUGCUAGCAAUGUUCCUUUUUUGACAGCACUUUUAAAUGUAGUUUUAGUCAGAGUCUGAUAAUUAAUUGUAGCAUAGUCGUAUAAAUGGACGUUUUAGUAAAAAUAAAUGUUGUGUACUAAAAUAUGAAGUAUGAAUAGCAAGGCGUGUUAAACUUACGAUGAACCUUACGAUGCCACGUGCAAUUUAGCAUCUGAAGAAAUCCCCCCCAAAACUAAAACUGCUCUUAAUGAGUAUAUAACAUGUCAAUCAAGUCAUGCUUAAUGUUCUAUUAUUUUUACCUGACAUUAAAAACAAUUACAAUAUUUUUUAGAUGUUGAAAAAUAACAGUAUUUGAAUAUGACGGCUCAGUACAGCUAAACUGGCUGUAAUACCUAAUGUGACCAGCAGAUGUACUCAUAUCCUCAGUUAUGUUGCUCAGCCAAACUCAACGAAGAAGAGAUACUCCUUACAGGGGUCGGUGCGCUCACAGGCGCUUGGAAGUAAAGAGUUCGAGACCUGGCACGUGUGGCGGGAGGGUGGGGGGUCUCACCCGAUACCCAAAGUGCCCUUUUGGCAAAGUUUUUUUUAAGUGUGUGUGUCCAUGUGCCCCCUUUGUGCCCACCUUAACUGAGGAAAGUGCAGUUCUUCUUACUGCGGGGUCUUUUGUGACCUCUUGGAUGAGUCGCCCCGAAGUCCUCCUGGGAAGGUUCACCACUGUUCCAUGUUGUGGACAUUUGCGGCUAAUGGCUCUCACUGUGGUUGGCUGGAGUCCCAAAGCUUUAGAAAUGGCUUUAUAACCUUUUAAUUGAUUAAUAUUUGAAUUUGUUUGUGACAAACAUGCAAAGAAGUAAAAAAAACUUUAUAUUAUAUAUAUGUAUAUAUUAAAAAAUAGGAAGUGAGCGCUUGUGGCCAGCAGGGGGAGUAACGUUCCACCGAUUGACAACAGUGUGUUAUAAGUGAACAAUACAAGGCUGUGAAAUAUUUCUUCGUCCAUGAGGAGGAUGAGAAGUCACGGUUAGACAUCAUGCGGGUGCUGAUGGCGUUGCCGCGGUAACCACCAACAUACCUGACAAGCACCGAGGUGAGGGUGUCCUCAUCCUCAUCACGCACGAGAAAGUGAGCCAUGCGUGAUGGUCAUCUUCUAAUUGUUACUCUUCGCCAUUCUUUCUUUCGUCUGAAUAAAUUCCUCAUGUUGACAUGAGAUUCAUGAGGAAACGUUUCUCAGGCGAGACGAAUAAAGUUGCUCGGCUAACCUUGACCAAACAAUUCAAAGACAUUUCUCAUCCGUUUAGCGCCAAGAAAUAUCCUUUAAUUGUAAGCUCAGGCGUUAGCGCUGGUCGUCCUCCCUCGUCCUGCAGAAUGGCAUGACAUUGUUUGCAACACAAACUUCCCGCCGUCCCCUUUCACACAGACACCGUCCCUCCUCUGUUGCCGUGCCGGUGCUUUACCUCCAACCGGGUUGGUGCCGUUGUCAUGGCGCAUGCAUGCAGGGAUAAAGGUGUGUCUUUUGGGUCAGUGUGAGUCCUGCGUCCGGCUUUGUCCAGGUUAGCGGGGUGGGGGGCGGGUGACUGGUGAAACUUUGGACCGCCCCCCUCCCUCACCUUAGAAACAACUCCAUGAGCGUCCGGCAGAUCUUUCCCAUCCAUGCAGUUCUUUUGUUCAGAACACCCCCACCCCCCACCCUUUCGAGGACCGCCACCCGCCUCGGUGGUCCAGUAGAGAGUUGUGUCCUCCUUACUGCAGCCACUGUUCAACUCUCAUCCUUCCAUCCUUCUAUCCUUCCUUCCUUCCUUUGGCUCUGCUGGCGCUCAGCAGCGAGACAGAAGCUCUGCAGUCACAUCAUGGAGAGAGAGAGAGGAAGAGAGAGAGAGCAUCCCUCCUCCUCCUCCUCCUCCUCCUCCUCCUCCGCAGUCAUCAGGCUGUUAUGUCUCACAUUGGGAGUCAGAGUGAGAGCUUGUGGACGGAACCUUCCUCUCCUCCUUUUCCUCCUCUUCUUCUUCUUCUUGUUCUUCUUGUUCUUCUUGUUCUUCUUCUUCUCCUCCUCUGGUGGUUGACCAUCUUCUGUCCUCCUCGUCCUCCGUCCUGCAGCAACACUUGGGAUUUCUUUCUUUCUGGGUCUCGUCUUCCUUCCGCUCUGAGGCUCGUGUUCGGGAUUCGGGGGACGACGCGCACACCGGCAGGCGCGUGCGUGGCUUGCACGCGGACAUGGAGCUGCUGCGCGUGUUGUUCUUGUGGAUAUUGCAGUGCAACAGCGUGCACGCGGACUCCAUCAUUCACAUUGGUGCAAUAUUUGAGGAGAACGCUGUGAGGGACGACGAGGUGUUUCAGCUUGCCGUGUCCGACCUCAGCUUGAGCGACGACGUCCUGCAGAGCGAGAAGAUCACGCACUCCAUCAAACUCAUACAGCCCGACAACCCAUUCCAGGCCGUGCAGGAAGCCUGCGAGCUGAUGAACCAGGGCAUCCUGGCGCUGGUGACGUCGACGGGCUGCGCCUCGGCCAGCGCGCUGCAGUCUCUGACGGACGCCAUGCACAUCCCCCACCUGUACAUCCAGAGGAACAGCGGGGGCUCGCCGCGGACCGCCUGCCAGCUCAACCCCAGCCCCGGGGGUCGCGGGUACACGCUGGCCGCGCGCCCGCCCGUACGGCUCAACGACGUCAUGCUGACGCUGGUGGACGAACUACGCUGGCAGAAGUUCAUCGUCUUCUACGACAUCGAGUACGACAUGCGAGGCCUUCAGGCGUUCCUGGACGAGACGUGUCGGCAGGGUCUGGAGGUGUCUGUCCAGCGGGUGGACAGGAACAUCAGCAGAGUCUUCACCGAGCUCUUCACCUCCAUGAGGACGGAGCAACUCAACCGCUACAGGGACACGCUGAGGAGAGCCAUUCUGCUGGUCAGCCCCCACGCCGCCCACGCCUUCAUACAGCAGGCGGUGGAGACCAACCUGGCGUCCAAAGACAGUCACUGGGUGUUUGUUAACGAGGAAAUCAGCGACGCAGAGAUCCUGGAUCUGACCCACAGCGCGCUGGGCCGCAUGACGGUCAUCAGGCAGAUCUUCCCGCUGUGGAAGGACAGCGGCGCUCGCUGUCUGCGACACAACCACCGCAUCUCGUCGCUGCUGUGCGACCCUCAGGAGGGAUACCUGCAGAACCUGGAGGUGUCCAACCUCUACCUGUACGACAGCGUGCUGAUGCUGGCCAACGCCUUCUACAGGAAGCUGGAGGACAGGAAGUGGCACAGCAUGGCCAGCCUCAACUGCAUCAGGAAGUCCACCAAGCCCUGGAACGGAGGCUGGUCCAUGCUGGAGACCAUCCAGAAGGGCAACAUCACGGGUCUGACGGGGACCAUGGACUUUAAGGACAGCGGCGCCAACUCUCACGUCCACUUCGAGAUCCUCGGCUCCAGUUACAGCGAGACCUUCGGCAAGGACUUCAAGAGGCUGGCGACGUGGGACGCGGUCAACGGUCUGAACGGGAGUCUGAAGGAGAGUCGCAUUGAGAACGGCAUGCAGGGGGUGACGGUCAAAGUGGUCACCUUGCUGGAGGACCCGUUCGUCAUGGUGGCUGAGAACAUUCUGGGCCAGCCCAAGAGAUACAAAGGUUUCUCCAUCGACGUUCUGGACGCCCUCGCCAAGCUCCUGGGCUUCAAAUACGAGAUCUACCAGGUUACUGAUAGCAAGUACGGAUCUCAGCUUCCCAACGGCUCCUGGAACGGGAUGAUCGGCGACCUCAUCAACAAGAGAGCCGACCUGGCGGUGUCGGCCAUCACCAUCACGCCGGAGCGGGAGAACGUGGUGGACUUCAGCAAGCGCUACCUGGACUACAGCGUGGGCAUCCUGCUGAGGAAGCCCGAAGAGAAGAUCAACAUCUUCUCGCUCUUCGUGCCCUUCGACCUGGCCGUGUGGGCGUGCAUAGCCGCCGCCAUCCCCGUGGUGGGCGUGCUCAUCUUCCUCCUCAACAGGCUGCAGGCGCUGCGCUCGUCCUCCGCGCGCAACGUGCCGCCGGGUCAGCCCGGCAACGGCGCGGGGUCCGGUUCCCUCCACAGCGCCAUCUGGAUCGUCUACGGCGCCUUCGUGCAGCAAGGCGGGGACGGCGUGGCGGGCUCCGUGGCGCUGAGGAUCGUCAUGGGCAGCUGGUGGCUCUUCACGCUCAUCGUGUGCUCGUCCUACACCGCCAACCUGGCGGCGUAUCUCACCGUGUCCCGUAUGGACCACGCCAUACGGUCCUUCCAGGACUUGGCGCGGCAGAUGGACGUGGACUACGGCACGGUGAGGGACUCGGCUGUGUACGACUACUUCCGGAACAAAGGCACCAACCCCCUGGAGCAGGACGGCACCUACGCCGAGCUGUGGAGGAGCCUCAGCAAGAACAACGGCAUGGACUACUGCGUGUCCAGCCCCUCAGAGGGAAUACGCAAGGCCAAGAAGAGUCCCUUCGCCUUCCUGUGGGACAUGGCGGUGCUGGAGUACGCCGCUCUGACGGACGACGACUGCACCAUCACCGUGUCGGGUAGCGGCGUCAGCAGCAAAGGUUACGGCAUCGCCAUGCAGCACGGGAGCCCCUACAGGGACCUCUUCUCCCAAAAGAUCUUGGAGCUCCAGGAGAAAGGCGACCUGGACAUCAUGAAGCAGAAGUGGUGGCCUCGCACGGGCCGCUGCGACCUCAGCAGCCACGCCAGCGCCCACCCCGACGGCCGCUCCCUCAAGCUGCACAGCUUCGCCGGCGUCUUCUGCAUCCUCGCCGCCGGGCUGCUGCUGGCCUGCCUGGUGGCCGGCCUGGAGGCGUGGUGGAGCAGCAACCGGUGCCGCCAGGAGCAGCCCAAAGAGGUCGCUAAGGAUUACAGGCUGGCUAUGGUUUCGGGUCCGUUGACUUAUAAUGACUUUACCUGCACGGCUUCGUCCGAGGGGAGGAGGGACAUUUGGACAGACAGGCAGAGAGGCUGGGAUGAAGCAGAGGCCAUUGGCACAGGACAAGGAGGUGAACCUGGAACAGGUCCAUCGUCGUAUGAACAGUCUUUUGGACGAGGACUUGGCCCACAAGCAGAUCCCCGGGCCCUCUAUCGAGAUCUCUGCGCUGGACAUCGGCAGCAUGCGGGCCAGCCAGGCGGCCAUGGUGCCCCCGGGCCUCGCUGUGACCACCUUCCUGCCAGGGGAGGGGGCGGCGCCACCUCCUCUAGCCCAUCCUCACCUUGGGGGGACCCUGGGCAGGACGCUACCCCCCUCCCAGCUCCCUGGCAGCAGCAUGUUACCCCCGCACCACCCGCUCAGCAGCAGCAGCAGCCUCGGGGGCAGCAUGCAGUGCAAGCACAGGGCCCCCAACGGGGGGCUGUUCCGACAGAGCCCUGGCAAGAUGCCGCUGUACCAGGCGGUUUCAGCAGGACCCAUACCCGAAGUCAUUGACGCCACCCACAGCACCUCCAUUUAGCCCCCGGGGGAGAUGGGGGGCGUUUAUGGGGGUGCACAGCGGGACACUUGAAGGAACGACGUGAAAAGAUUUUUUUUAUCUGGCUCCUCUGGUGUACAUUUGUGUAAAUAAGAAAAAGAACCAAGUGGGCUUAAAGUGUAUUUUGAAUAUUCUCCAUUUUUCAAGUUGAGUUGUAAAAAAACAAAACCCGAGAAAAGCAGAUUAAAAAAUGGAAUCUAACGUAUGAAAUAUGAAAUAUGGAAUAUAUCAACACGAUGACGACUGUU